UAUAUUUGCAACAUUCAUACACGAGAUUCACUGUACCUACGCAACAGAUAAUGAAGGCCACCGUUCGAGAUGCCUCAUAAGACCUCAACACCGCAGCAACACAAUGCCAAAGCCGAGCGGGCUAGGAGAUUACUAGCGGGUUCGGCGGUUUCGAGGGAGGAUUCUGAUGAUGAACUGGGAUAUGAAGACCUCCCCUGGGAAUGGAUAUACGAGGCGCAGAAGCCCCGAGAGGCAGACCAGAAUGGGAAUGGAGACGAUGAGGAUGCAGCAGCCUCCACGAAGACGCGGAGGAACAAGCCAGUGCGAGCUACGUCGAGAACCCAGGACCAGAAGAUAAUUGGAGCGAGGAUGGGCAGCUUUCAGUGCCAAGUCGGUGAUUGUGUUCUUUUGAAGGCCGAAGGCGAAGGUAGCAAGGCCUGGGUGGGUAUGAUAUGCGAGUUUGCUGAGGACGAGACUGGGGAGAAGAGCGCAAACGUUAUGUGGUUCUCUUCGGAGCACGAGAUUACAAACAAGCAUAAGAAGCGAUCAGAUUUCUUGCCUAAUGAGCUUUACAUCUCACCAUCCUGGGACCUGAAUCCUUUGGAAUCGAUCAAUGGCAAGGCUAUAAUAAUGUCAGACAAAGCCUUCUAUGCGAAAUACCCGUCUGGUAAGGUUCCACGAAAGUCGAAGGAGUAUGGGAAGACUUUCAUCUGUCGUCGAGGAUGUAAUACUCGGACCGCAACUUACACCGAGGAAUUUGUAUGGGAAGAUAUUUAUCACGGCACGGAAGAGGAUGUGGAGGCCUUGAUCGAACGGCUCAAGCGUGAUACUAAGGCUACGAGAAAGAGACAGAAGGCAACGAAACCAACUGAGGACGACGAGUUCCAUGCUCGGGAUAACGUCGAUGAUGAACCAGGGACUCCUCGAAAAAGGCAAAAGACAUCCACGGUGUCAACGCCGCGAAAACCCCGAACACCUUCGAAAUUAAUGACACCAAGUCACAAGAGAGUGGUUGUCAAGAAGCCCCUUGAAUUUACACCCCUGGGAACACGUAUACUAGCUGCUGACCAUGUAUUUUCCUCACCGUUCCAAACCGCACGAUCGAGACUUCAUGUCUCGGCAGUUCCUAAUACACUACCUUGCCGGGAGGACGAAUUUGCCUCAGUAUAUUCACAUCUCGAAGCUGCCAUUUCAGAUGGCUCCGGAGCUUGCAUCUAUAUAUCCGGAACUCCGGGGACUGGCAAGACAGCGACAGUCCGAGAGGUCGUUGCCCAGCUCAAUGCCUCCGUCAUGGAGGACGAACUUGAUGACUUUAUAUUUGUCGAGAUCAACGGCAUGAAAGUGGCGGAUCCACAUCAGUCUUAUUCGUUGCUCUGGGAGGCCCUCAAGGGAGAUCGGGUUAGCCCCUCGCAUGCCCUGGACCUUUUGGAGCGUGAGUUUAAUCACCCAACGCCUCGAAGAGUACCCUGCGUUGUAUUGAUGGAUGAACUGGACCAACUUGUUACUAAGAAUCAAAGUGUCAUGUACAACUUCUUCAACUGGCCUGGCCUGAGGCACAGUAAACUGAUUGUGCUUGCGGUAGCAAAUACCAUGGAUUUACCAGAAAGAACUCUGAGCAAUAAGAUCAGCAGUAGACUUGGUCUUACACGAAUAACUUUCCCUGGAUAUACUCAUGAACAACUCAUGAAAAUCAUCCAAUCGCGGCUCGAAGGUGUUCCUGGAAACAUUGUAGACUCGGAUGCCGUCCAAUUCGCCAGCAGGAAAGUUGCAGCUGUUAGCGGUGAUGCAAGAAGAGCGCUCGACAUCUGCAGGAGAGCAGUGGAACUUGCAGAAGCAGACGCUCUAGAGGCCGAACCUGUCCCGGGAACGCCAAGCAAGAGCGCAGUAAAAGCUAACAAAGGAUCACAGCCUUCGAAAACACUCGGUAAAGUCACCAUUGCCACAGUGAAGCGUGCUAUUAAUGAAGCCACGACGAAUCCCUUGCAGCAAUGCCUGCGCGGGCUACCACUUUCAGCAAAAGUUCUACUUGCUGCCUUGAUUGCGAAGACUCGCAGAACCGGCAUCGCAGAGAGCAUACUUGGUGAAGUUCUUGAUGAAGCCAAGCGGAUGGCUAAGAUGGACACUGGAGGUAACAUGAUCGAGUUUCUGCUCAAGGAUGAGCUUGCCCCCACAAACAAGAACAUGCACUCGACAGCUAGGCAAUAUUCGAAAGACCCUCGAGUCCUUUCUAUGGGGACAUCAGUCAUUGAUCUUAUGGAGGCUGGUAUUAUAGGUCUGGAGACACAAAAGGCCGAUCGCACAAGCAAGAUUCGAUUGAGUAUUGGUGAGGAAGAUGUAAAACUCGCUUUCAAAGAUGAUCCAGAGAUCAAGAAUCUUGGAUUUUAA